CAGCAGUCAGGAGCAGUCCUCGCGGAGUGGAGUGUGUGUACGCCGCUGUUUGGCCAAUGGAGGUUUCCCUGCAUUGAAAGCGCUCGCCUUUUUAAGCAAAAGUUGACGAUCCGAUUUACAACUCCAAAGAUGAUGGACGUGGUUAAAAUAAGAAAAGCAUCAGCGAUAUUUCUCCUGAUGGUCCUGACCAUGAGCUCAGUCGGUGCGACAUUCGAGUUUGAAAAUCCAUCAAUUAGCAACUGGAAACUCAUGAUUGCCGCAAAAGGAGAGGAAAAUAUAAUCAAGCUUUGCCGGUACAACGCCACUCUGCAUGAAAACAAUUGCAAAACCAAGGAAGAGUUGCUCUUAAUGUGUGGAUGCAUCAUUUCUCACACCGAGAACGAAGUCAAUUUGAAUUGUCACAGUCUACUCGCCGACUGCCCUCAGCAUCUGAGUCUCACCUUCCAGCAAGGCUCCAAGCUCAGUGAAACAGCUGCAAGCAAAACCCCAAUAGUUUCCUGGGUUGUAUAUCUAUCUCUGGCAUUCAACGUCAUUUUCUUCCUAAUUUCGUUCAUCGUGUUCUUAAUCAAACGAGAAUGUAGGAUAAAUUUGUUUUACGAGCAGAAGAAAUGAUUAAAGUAGCAUACUGAUUGCUAUCAUUUAGUCGCGCUUUACUGCAAUAAUUUUUAAAUAAAAUUUAAAAUACGCAUUUUAUGAAGAGCUGUAAAAAAGGACGAUUUUUCAGGAAAUUUUCCUUUUAUUACAAAUUUAGACUCUUUUAUAAUUUAAUUGUUGCGUGUUUAUCUUCUAUUAACACGUUUUUAAAAUUAUUGGCUCUUAUUACCAAUAAAUUACUAAAAAAAAAUACUAAAGAUAAUUAAAAGCACCGAAUGUUUACAUAAUUUACGCUUAUUAAAUAGAAAUGAGCAGCAUGAUUGCUAAAUUUUUACUUAUUUACGCUUUCAAUACAAAAUAUCAAAGAAAAUAUUGCAUUUCUAACUCAUAAAAUGGUUAACCGUCCAAAUUUCAUCACCCAACUUGAGUAUAUAUUUUUUGAAAAAUAAAGAGGUAUUUUCGUAAUAUCUUUGGAGCAGUUUUUCACUCU